GGGCAACGAUGUUUCUCGGCAAGCAGAACUGAAUGUAUUAAUAUUUUGUUAAAAUAUAUUAGAUCUGAAAAUGAAUUGUUGCAUUUGCCAGUUUUCUGUGCGCAAUCCCAGAAAUAUACACGAGGAGACUAUCGGAAAGCCACCCAUAUUGAUCAGUGAUUUGGUGCUGCAGUGCACCAAGGGCACCAGCUAUGUGCUUGGCGAGGUUGGCUCGACAAUUUGCAAGAAAUGCUGCGAGAAAUUAUUACGAUACCACAAAUCUAUACAAAUCGCCCGCAAGCUGCGCCAGGAGAUACUGGAAUUAAUACGCAGUCCAUUCAUUAUAAAAGACUUCAAGACGACAAUCUCACGGAAUGACCACAAAAUUGACGACGUCGACAAAUUCGAUGGCAGCAGCGUCAGCGUCGAAAUGGUCGAAACCGUGGAAGCUGCCGAUUUGGAUGAAGGAUCCGAUUUAGGAGAACAGCAAAGCAAGGCGACAAUUUUAGAUCAAACGGUUGUAGUACAAACGGAAGCGGAACUGGAAACCGAACAUGAUUUUAUUGAAAAGAAUAACUCCGAUUGCGAGGAAGUUGAGGAAUUUCAGACAGUUGGCUUAGAAUUAGAUAUUGAGAACGAGAUAAUUAUUAAUGAAGAGGUACCCGAAGCGGAUAUGGAUGAGGAUGACGAUGAUGAAGAUGAUGUCAAGCAAACGGUGGAUGAGCUUGAAAUGUUUAAGGAAGAAGAUAAGGAUGUCCUAAGCGAUUUUGAAGACCAAAUUAAUGGCACCAUAGAAUACCUAAUCUCCGAUGCCGAGGAUCAAGACAGCUCUGGCGACUAUACGGUAAACAUCCAGUGUCCGAGCUGUCCGGAACAGUUCAGCAGUCGUCGCUCAUACAAUGCGCAUACAAAGCGCGAACAUUUCCCCGGCUACGUCUGCGAUCAGUGCGGCAAAACACUGCAAUCGUAUUCCGGCUUCAUUGGCCACCUCCAGAAUCACGAGCCAGUUAAACAGUUCGAGUGCCCGCAUUGUGGUGAGCGGUUUAGCCGCAAGUUUCGGCUGAAACACCAUAUGGCAUGGCACACGGGUGAGACGCCGUAUCAGUGCGAGGUGUGCUCAAAACGUUUUGUGCAUAAGGUGGCGCUGUACAAGCACAAAAUGAUCCAUGACACCGAUUCAAAGCGUCUGGAGUGUCAGGUGUGUGGUUUUAAGACAAGGACAAAAGCCCAUUUGGAAAGGCACACAAGAUCGCAUACGGGCGCCAAACCCUUUGCCUGUCCGGUAUGCAACAAGCGAUUCUCUCAAAUGUACAACAUGAAGGCACAUCUCCGGGAGCACGAGAAUCCCGGCAGCAAUCGACAUCGACGCUUCCACUGCCCCAAAUGCACCCACACAUUCAUUAACGAACAGAACUACUUAACCCAUUGCGAGCGCAAUGAUUGUACGCCUGUUUAGCACACAUUCUGGAUGCAUCCAUCCCAUUGGCAUUGGAUUUGAGCGUGACGAUUGUACAUAAAUACUAAUAUUUCGUACGUUUUUCAAAAUGCCAGUUGCUGUGGCAGUUAUCAGUCUUCUGAAAUUUAUGUACUUCAAAUAAAAAUCGAUUUACAUGUCAA